GAAUGGUAGUAGUAAAGAUAAAAAAGUCAUAAAGAAAAUGAGGAAAGAUAGUGAGGAAGAAGAAGAACAAAAUGUUUUUGUUGGUGAAAUUAGACGUAUUAAAAAUAAACCUGAAGAUAUUAAUUUAAUUCUUAGUUUUGAACGUUUUUACAUAUUUGAAAAUAGGUAUUUAUUAAGAUCGGACUGUUCGUCAGUUUGGAUUAGAAAGUUUGAAGGUGAGUUUAUGGUUUUUGUAACAGUAAAAGUAAAGGAAUUAAGAAGCUUGAUGGGAAAUCUUACACAUUGGGAAUACGUUCUAAAUGAGAAUGAAGAUAAUCAUGAAAUUAGUAUGGAUGCAGAUAGAUUUGUUAUAAGUUUGCCAAAUGAAAUAUUGAUGAAGAUUUUAAAGUAUUAUUUCGAAGUUUGA